UCUGUCUUGGCUUUCAGCUUGCCUGGGGACUCUUGUUACGUGUCUCCUCUAUAUGGCCCCGUCUGCUGCUCCAGCCCUGCUGUUCCCCGGGUUGAGCGAGGGAGGCCGGCCGGCGUGUCGGAAAGGAAAGCGAGCUGGCAAAGCGGCACGGGUCGGUUACCAUUCUGCGCCGGCAGUUAUCAGACACCUCCCCUGCCGCAGAUUCAAUAGAUGCCCUGUAUCCAAAUGCAGCAUGGGACCUUGCCUCAGAGCGGAGGGCCCUGUGAGCGCUACCCGGCAGACUUCCUGACUCCCGAGCUCAGCAAGUUCACAAUGGACCUAGUCAACACCGAGAUCGCGGCCACCACCUCCCUGCCCAGCUUCAACACCUUCAUGGAGAACUACAGCGGGGAGUUCGACACGUUCUUGUACCAGAUCCCAGCCUCCAGCCAACCCACCUCCUUCAAACUCGAGGACUUCCAGGUGUACGGCUGCUACCCCGGCUCCUUCAGCAGCCAGCUGGACGAGACCAUGUCUUCGAGCGGCUCGGACUAUUACGGCAGCCCCUGCUCCAUCCCGUCCCCGUCCACCCCAGGCUUCCAGACCCCGCAGGUCUCGGCGUGGGAGAGCUCCUUUGGGCCCUACUCGCCCACUCAGAACUACGAGGGCAUGAGGCCAUGGGCGGAGCAGCCGAAAAGCAACUCUUCCCAGCCAGCCUUCUUCUUCGGCCCCUCGGCUCCCAGCCCCGGGGUCUCCCAGAGCCCCCUCAAGGUGCCGCCGGCCGCCACACACCGGCUGGACGCUGAGGUCUUCGCGCUUUCCCAGAGCUCCCCGGUGGGCUUUUCCGGCCUGUCCCUGGGCCAGGCCUCCCCGCACUUGGAGAGCCCCGCCUUGAUGGACGGCUCCCUGUCACCGGCCAAGACACGCAGCCCUGGGGCCAAUGAGGGGCGCUGUGCCGUCUGCGGAGACAACGCCUCCUGCCAGCACUACGGCGUCCGCACCUGCGAGGGCUGCAAGGGCUUUUUCAAGCGAACGGUGCAGAAGAAUGCCAAGUACAUCUGCCUGGCCAACAAAGACUGCCCUGUGGACAAGAGGCGGCGGAACCGGUGCCAGUUCUGUCGUUUCCAGAAGUGCCUCACCGUGGGCAUGGUCAAAGAAGUGGUCCGAACGGACAGCCUGAAGGGGCGCCGAGGUCGGCUCCCGUCCAAACCCAAGCAGGCCCAGGACACCUCCCCCGUCAGCCUCAUCACGUCGCUCGUCAGGGCGCACAUCGAUUCCGUUCCCAGUGCCACCAAGCUGGACUAUUCCAAGUUCCAGGAGUCUCUCUCCUACCAGUUCGAGAAGGAGGACUGUGUGGAUGUGCAGCAGUUCUACGACCUGCUCACCGGCUCCAUGGAUGUGAUCCGCAAGUGGGCGGAGAAGAUCCAGGGGUUCCAGGAGCUCCCCAAGGAGGAUCAGGACCUGCUUCUGGAAUCUGCGUUCCUGGAGCUCUUUAUUCUGCGGCUGGCCUACAGGUCGAAGCCGGAGGAAGGCAAGCUGAUCUUUUGCAACGGGGUGGUGCUUCACCGGAUGCAGUGUGUGCGGGGCUUCGGGGAGUGGAUCGACUCCAUCCUCGAGUUCUCCCAGAGCCUGCACCGCAUGAGUAUCGACGUCCCCUCCUUCUCCUGUCUCACAGCUCUCGUCAUCAUCACAGACCGCCACGGGCUGAAGGACCCCAAGAAAGUGGAGGAUCUCCAGAACCAAAUCAUCGGCUGCCUUAAGGACCACGUGACGUCCACCACGAGCGAACAGAGCCGCCCCAACUGCCUGUCCAAGCUUCUGGGCAAGCUGCCGGAGCUGCGCACCCUCUGCACGCAGGGCCUGCAGCGCAUCUUCUACCUGAAGCUGGAGGACCUGGUGCCGCCCCCUCCCAUCGUGGACAAAAUCUUCAUGGACACGUUGCCCUUCUGAGGGGGGAGCAGCCCCCCGGGACCCAUGAGGCCCCUGCCACGGGGAGCUCGCUCGCUUUAUAAAACGGGAGUUUUGACAGAUACGUCUCCCCCCCCCCCCCCUGAGCGGAGGGGGUGGGACGAUCAACGGAGCAUUUCCAGAGACUGGGGGGGCAAGCCCCACAGCCAGCCGGGAUUUCGGGGACUUGUCGGAAGUGGGCAGAGCCCUUCAUACCUCCUGGUGGCUGACCUGCGCUCGGCCUCCGCAUCCCGUCUCGUGUACCAAACCCGUGGAUCGCGACGUAUUUCUCUGUGGAGAACCCCGAUGUGCCUUUAAGGUGAUGCACUCAGACGCCCAAUAGCCCUGUGCCCACAGCCAGGCUCUGUACUCACCGCUUGCAACGGCUGGCGUUUCACCACGCUGGGUAGGAGGGGCUGGUCCUGAGACGCACGCAGGGGUGCCCUGCCCUGCCCGCCUGCUGCAUCCUGCGGCCAGGCAGGGAUGGUGCCGGGAGCGGGCUCCUCCGUCCCCAAUUGCCAGAACCAAGCAGUUUCCAGACCCUCCUAGCGGCUUCUUGCCUCCCUUGUGCUUUUGCAAUGCUGCCCAGGAGCGACGGACACGUGCCGUGGCACAUGGGAUGCGUCCCGCCUGUCCGCUGCAGAGACGUCUCUGUAAAUAGAGGGGGUUUAAACCUUGUAAAUACAGCUGAGAGCUGCAGAGGCAGCGAGAGACAAGAAAGGGGCACUGGGAAGGCUGGGAGGGAGACGCCUAUUUUGUUGUUCUAUCUGCUGACAACCAUGUGGCUUUCUGUGCCUGGGAGGGCUUCCUCUCUCGUUUUGGCCUUUUCCUGUAUAUAAACUUGUACGUAAAACAAAAAAUCAACAUUUAUAUUUGUGUAUUUUUUCGGGAUUUACCAUAUGUGACUUUUUUCUGAUUAAUAUAUAUUUAAUAUAUUGAAAUAAAAAACAUC